CUCAUACGCUGUCGCUGCCUCGGAGGCUAUUUGCUAUUUAUUUUACUAGAGUUCCCCUUCAACCGCCUUUACCAACACUUCUUGGUUGAAGACCUCGACCUUUGGCUAUCUGGUGCCUGGAUAGGAGUAGAAUACCCACUUAUCCCUUCUUUUGUUCAUUUCUUGCACGGGCAGAGAUUCAUUCGGCCGAUUCGGUCCACCACCCCGCCACUAUGGCAACCAUUCCUGGUUUGUUUGCUCCCAUUCGCUCUUUUGGUUGAACUUCUGCUAAUAUGACCCAGUGGUCGUCAAGCAUCAGGGCAAGAAGUACGAUGUCGAGCUCGAUCCCUCCUCCCUCGGCGAAGUCUUCAAAUUCCAACUCUACUCAUUAACCGGCGUAGAGCCCGAUCGCCAAAAGAUCCUCGUGAAGGGUGGCCAGCUCAAAGAUGAUACCGAUUUGUCCAAGAUUGGCGCAAAGCCAGGACUAGUCAUCAUGAUGAUGGGAACACCAGGUGACGCGUCCAACGUUUUGACCAGACCAAAGGAUCCUGUCAAGUUCGUGGAGGACAUGACUGAGGCAGAAGCUGCUCAGCAAGUUGGUGCUACUCCCGCCGGUCUUCAAAAUCUAGGCAAUACGUGCUAUCUCAACUCGACAUUACAGACCCUCCGCGCUAUUCCAGAGCUCCAGGAGCAACUCGAAAAGUACACGCCGGGUCCAUCUUCGGGACCGCAGGGCAAUACACUUGGAGAUCUCAGCAUGUUUGGGCUCGGCGGUGUAGGCUCCUCGAUGGAUCUCACAGCUUCCCUGCGAGAUUUGUAUAGACAAAUGAGCCAAACUCAAGAGGGCUUUCCUCCACUUGCAUUCCUGAACGCACUCCGUGCUUUAUUCCCCCAAUUCGCACAAAAGGCAAAAAACAACCAUGGAUACGCACAACAGGAUGCAGAAGAAGCUUGGUCGCAAAUCAUUUCCCAGCUUCGUCAGAAGUUGAAAUUCACGGAAACACCCAGCGGUGAUACGGAAGCAAAGGAGAUUUCAUUCAUCGACAAGUUUCUAGCUGGAAAGAUUUCAUCAGUAACGGAAUGUGAUGAGCAAGAAGCCAAGGAUGCCGGGGAGGAGGUUGCUAAAAGCGAAGAUGCCUUCUUGAAGUUAGACUGUCAUAUUGAUAAAGAUACCAACCACCUGAAGGAUGGUAUCCUAGCUGGUUUGUCGGAAAAGAUUGAGAAAACCUCAUCUGUUCUUGGUCGGGAUGCAGUUUUCACCAAGACAUCACGAAUCUCACGGUUACCAAAGUACUUGACCAUCCACUUUGUUCGAUUUUUCUGGAAGCGAGAGGCACAAAAGAAAGCCAAGAUUAUGCGAAAGGUUACUUUCCAGCAUGAACUAGACGUGGUGGACUUCUGUACCGACGAACUAAAGAAAUUGAUCAUUCCUGUCCGUGACAAAGUUCGCGAGGUACGAAAAGACGAAGAGGAUGUUGAGAGGGCUCGCAAGCGCCAAAAGCGUAUUCACGACAAGGAAGUUGCAGAUAAAGCUGCUGGAAUCACGGAUUCUGUUUCCGAGUCCAAAAAGGCCGACAACAAGAAGGAUUCCGAGAAGAAGAAGGACGGCCCAUCAAAGGAUGGAGAUACCGAGAUGGAAGAUGUUGUUUACAAGACUGACGCAGAGGUUGAUGCUGAGCGUUCCGCGGCUGUUCUCGAGGCCAAGAAGGAAUUACAUGCCAUGAUCAACCCAGAACUCUUGAAAGACGAAGGCAACAACAAAUCCGGCCUGUACGAACUUCGCGGCAUCGUAACACAUCAGGGAGCCAGUGCAGAUAGCGGUCAUUACACUGCUUACGUCAAGAAACUCGGUCCAUUGGAUCCCAAAACUGGAAAGCGCGGCGAGGAGGAUGGAAACUGGUGGUGGUUUAACGACGACAAGGUUUCCGAGGUGGAGUCGGAGAAGAUUGCUACGCUCGCUGGUGGUGGCGAGUCGCACUCUGCUUUGAUUCUUCUGUACCGUGCGCUUCCGAUGCCGACUGCUGAUGGUCUUGCGGAUUUGUAGAAGUGGCGACUGGCGGCGUUUCCUUGGCA